AUGGCUCACAUCAACUGCACCCAGGUGGCAGAGUUUAUUCUAGUAGGCCUCACAGAUCAUCAGGAGUUGAAGAUGCCCCUCUUUGUGCUAUUUUUAUCCAUCUAUUUAUUCACAGUAGUAGGCAAUUUGGGUUUGAUCCUACUCAUUAGAGCAGAUUCAAGGCUCAGCACACCAAUGUACUUCUUUCUUAGCAACCUAGCCUUUGUAGAUUUCUGUUACUCUUCCGUCAUUACACCCAAAAUGCUUGGGACUUUCUUAUACAAACAAAAUGUUAUAUCCUUCAAUGCAUGUGCUACACAACUGUGCUGCUUUCUCACCUUCAUGAUAUCGGAGUGCUUGCUACUGGCUUCCAUUGCCUAUGACCGGUAUGUGGCCAUUUGUAACCCUCUAUUGUAUAUGGUUGUAAUGUCUCCAGGAAUCUGCAUUCAACUUGUAGCAGUUCCUUAUAGCUAUAGCUUCCUGAUGGCAUUGUUUCACACCAUCUUCACCUUCUGCCUCUCCUAUUGCCACUGCAACAUUGUCAACCAUUUCUAUUGUGAUGACAUGCCUCUACUCAGGCUAACUUGCUCAGACACUCACUUCAAACAGCUAUGGAUUUUGGCCUGUGCUGGUAUCACAUUCAUCUGCUCUGUUCUGAUUGUCUUUGUCUCCUACAUGUUCAUUAUUUUUGCCAUCCUGAGGAUGAGCUCAGCUGAGGGAAGACACAAAGCCUUCUCCACGUGUAGCUCUCACAUGCUGGCAGUCACCAUAUUCUAUGGCACCUUGAUCUUUAUGUAUUUACAACCAAGCUCAAGCCAUUCUCUUGACACCGACAAAAUGGCCUCUGUCUUCUACACAGUGAUCAUUCCCAUGCUGAACCCAUUAAUUUACAGUCUCAGGAACAAAGAUGUAAAAGAUGCCCUGAAGAAAGUCAUCAUCAGUAGAAACCACGCUUUUAUGUUUCUGAAACUGCGAAAAUGAGUUCAAUAAACAAAAAUGGACAUUCCUUCAUAACCGGUUU